AUCCAUAAUAUUAGCCCAUUGACCAUUUGUGUUUCAAUUUCUAUACUAGUUAGAAUCAGUUACAUGAAUUCUUUGUACCCAUUCCUUUAUACUAGACUAUCUUUACUACAUCUGCCAGUAUAUAUUAGAGUCCAAAGUUCAACUUUUAGAUGCCUUAGCCGAACCCCAAAAUCUCGUACACAUUUGCUCAAUACUGAUGCUAAUGCAGAUCAACUGUUCGAUGAAUUGUCUAAACGAAAUGUAGCAUCUGCUACAUCUUUAAUUAGCCACUUUUCUAAACUGAAUCAACACAAGAAAGCAAUAACUAUCUUCUCAAGAAUGUUUGAGUUUGAUAUUAAACCCAAUGAAUUCACUUUUGGAGUUGUAGUUCACUCAUCCAUUGUUCUAAGGGACCCUCAUUUAGGAAAACAAUUUCAUGCCAUUUCAAUGAAACUUGGGCUUAACUCAAAUGUUUAUGUGGGUAGUUCACUUUUGGAUCUUUAUGUAAAGCUAAGUAGCAUUGAAGAAGGUCAUCGUGUUUUUAGCGAUACACAUGAACCGAAUGUGGUUUCUUACACAACGUUAUUAUGUGGUUAUCUUAAAGAACAGAGGUUUGAUGAAGCUAUGGACAUCUUUAGUAUAAUCCCGGAGAGAAAUGUUGUUUCUUGGAAUGCUAUGAUUAGUGGGUAUAGCCAGAAAGGACGUAACGAAGAGGCUGUUAAUCUUUUUAUCGAGAUGUUGAGACUAGGAGUUGUACCUGAUCAAUCGACGUUCCCUUCUUUGUUUAGUGCAGCUGCAAAUAUGGCAGCAUUGGGAAGGGGGAAAAGUUUUCAUGCUUGUGCUGUGAAGUAUUUGGGUGGUGAGUUUGGUGUUUUUGCAGGCAAUUCGCUUGUUAGCUUUUACGCGAAAUGUGGGAGCUUAGAAGAUAGUUUUUUGGUCUUUAAUCGACUUCCUGAAAGAAAUGUUGUGACUUGGAAUGCUCUAAUAUGUGCUCAUGCUCAAAAUGGGAGGGGGAAAGCGGCGAUUGAAUUGUUUAAAAGAAUGAAACAGAUGGGAAUUAAGCCGAAUAGUGUUACUCUUCUUGGUUUGUUAUUGGCAUGUAAUCAUGUUGGUCUUGUUGAUGAAGCUUAUUUGUAUUUCGAGCAGGCAAGAAAUCAGGACGCUAAUUUGCUUAAAUCCGAGCACUAUGCAUGUAUGGUUGAUUUGCUAUCACGUUCAGGGAGGUUUCAACAAGCUGAGAAAUUUAUUCAAGAUUUGCCCUUUGAUCCAGGUAUAGGAUUUUGGAAGGCAUUGUUAGGAGGGUGCCAGAUUCACUCAAACACGAAGUUAGGGGAAUAUGCUGCCGGAAAGGUAUUGGCUUUAGAGCCCGGGGAUGUUUCAUCAUAUGUGAUGCUUUCAAAUGCACAUUCUGCUGCUGGAAGAUGGCAGAGCGUAUCCAUCGUAAGGAAUGAAAUGAGGGGAAAAGGGUUGAAGACGGUCCCUGGGUGUAGUUGGGUUGAAAUCAAAUGCAAAAUUCAUGUGUUUGUUACUGGAGACAAGAGACAUGCCCACAAGCCUGAGAUUUAUGAAGUUCUUGGGUACUUCCUCGAGCAUGCAAUGAAGAGCCAAGAAACUGAUCUUCUUCAAGAAAUUUGAUGCACAGCUCCACGUUUCAAUGGCCGUCCACCUUGUAAUUCUUGACAUACUGCUGCAUAUGUAUCAAUGAACUGCAAAAAUAAGUUUGAAGUUA